AUGAUGCGAGUUUUGUUCCUCUCCAUGCUCCUUGCUGUCUUGAUUUCCAUGGCAUCUGCUUCCUCCGGUCAGGUUCGCGGGCUCGCCAACCCCCAGCGUGAGCUUGGGAGCUUGGGCGUAACGUACGAUCUUGUUGGGUUGAACGGACCAGAGCUUGAUGGUGAAAGUAUUGAUGGAGGGGAUAGUGAUGACAGUGAUGAUAGUGGUGAUGAUGCUGAUGAUACUGACGAUGAGGACUGCUAUGAUGCUUGUUGGGGUGAUGCUACUGAUGAAGAGAUCGCUGCCUGGACUGAGGACCAAUGGAUUGAAUGGGAGACAUGUACUGAUUCAGCCUGUGAUUGCGAGGAUGACGAAUGCCAAGGAGAUGCGGAUUGUGUGGCGGCUAUCUGCGAUGCUUAG